CCGAAGGAGGAGCCGGACACUUGUCUCCCGUCUCCGAGCUGCUCCCCACCCCUGGAGGAGAGACCCCCCUCGGCUCGGCGCCUUCUGCGUCUCCCGGCUGGUGGGGAAGCCUCUGCGCCGCCGGCACCAUGAGAGUCUUGCUCUUUCGCCCAGGCUAGAGUGCAAUGGCGUAAUCUCAGCUCACUGCAACCUCCGCCUCCCAUGUUCAAGCGAUUCUCCUGCCUCAGCCUCCUGAGUAGCUGGGAUUACAGUGAACAGAGUAUCUGUCAGGCAAGAGCUGCUGUGAUGGUUUAUGAUGAUGCCAAUAAGAAGUGGGUGCCAGCUGGUGGCUCAACUGGAUUCAGCAGAGUUCAUAUCUAUCACCAUACAGGCAACAACACAUUCAGAGUGGUGGGCAGGAAGAUUCAGGACCAUCAGGUCGUGAUAAAUUGUGCCAUUCCUAAAGGGUUGAAGUACAAUCAAGCUACACAGACCUUCCACCAGUGGCGAGAUGCUAGACAGGUGUAUGGUCUCAACUUUGGCAGCAAAGAGGAUGCCAAUGUCUUCGCAAGUGCCAUGAUGCAUGCCUUAGAAGUGUUAAAUUCACAGGAAACAGCCCAGAGCAAGGUUACUGCUACCCAGGACAGCACUAAUUUGCGAUGUAUUUUCUGUGGGCCAACAUUGCCUAGACAAAACUCACAACUGCCUGCUCAAGUUCAAAAUGGCCCAUCCCAAGAAGAAUUGGAAAUUCAAAGAAGACAACUACAAGAACAGCAACGGCAAAAGGAGCUGGAGCGGGAAAGGCUGGAGCGAGAAAGAAUGGAAAGAGAAAGGUUGGAGAGAGAGAGGUUAGAAAGGGAAAGGCUGGAGAGGGAGCGACUGGAACAAGAACAGCUGGAGAGAGAGAGACAAGAACGGGAACGGCAGGAACGCCUGGAGCGGCAGGAACGCCUGGAUCGGGAGAGGCAAGAAAGACAAGAACGAGAGAGGCUGGAGAGACUGGAACGGGAGAGGCAAGAAAGGGAGCGACAAGAGCAGUUAGAAAGGGAACAGCUGGAAUGGGAGAGAGAGCGCAGAAUAUCAAGUGCUGCUCCAUCUUCAGACAGCUCCCUGUAUAACGCUCCACUUCCUGAGUAUUCCAGUUGCCAGCCUCCUUCAGCACCUCCUCCAUCAUACGCUAAAGUCAUCUCAGCUCCAGUGUCAGAUGCCACUCCUGAUUAUGCUGUAGUGACUGCUUUGCCACCUACUUCCACACCCCCUACACCACCACUGCGACACUCAGCGACACGUUUUGCAACAUCUUUAGGUUCAGCCUUCCACCCUGUUCUUCCCCAUUACGCUACAGUUCCUCGUCCUCUGAACAAAAACUCUCGACCUUCUUCUCCUGUGAACACACCCUCUUCUCAGCCUCCAGCUACGAAGCCCUGUGCCUGGUCUACUUCCAAUUUUUCGCCCCUCCCUCCAUCUCCUCCAAUAAUGAUUAGCAGCCCCCCAGGCAAAGCUACUGGUCCAAGGCCUGUCCUCCCUGUUUGUGUUUCUUCUCCUGUGCCCCAAAUGCCUCCAUCACCGACAGCACCCAAUGGGCUGGUUGACUCUGUAACAUAUCCAGUGUCUCCACCGCCUACCUCAGGGCCAGCAGCUCCUCCGCCGCCGCCUCCACUGCCUUCCCUCGCAUCACUCUCACACUGUGGAUCUCAAGCUUCUCCUCCUCCAAGCACCCCUAUUGCCUCAACUCCCUCAUCCAAGCCUAGUGUUCUCCCUUCUCCCUCUGCAGCUGCCCCUGCCUCUGUUGAGACUCCUCUAAACUCUGUGCUGGGAGACUCUUCUGCUUCUGAGCCAGGCUUGCAGGCAGCCUCUCAGCCGGCCGAGACUCCAGCCCAACAGGGCAUUGUCUUGGGACCACUUGCACCUCCACCUCCUCCACCACUCCCACCAGGGCCUGCACAGGCUUCAGUAGCCCUCCCUCCUCCCCCAGGACCCCCUCCACCUCCUCCACUCCCAUCCACUGGGCCUCCACCACCCCCUCCUCCCCCUCCUCUCCCUAAUCAAGUACCCCCUCCUCCUCCACCACCUCCUGCCCCACCCCUCCCUGCAUCUGGAUUCUUUUUGGCAUCCAUGUCAGAAGACAAUCGCCCUUUAACUGGACUUGCAGCUGCAAUUGCUGGAGCAAAACUUAGGAAAGUGUCACGGAUGGAGGAUACCUCUUUCCCAAGUGGAGGGAAUGCUAUUGGUGUGAACUCUGCCUCAUCUAAAACAGAUACAGGCCGUGGAAAUGGACCCCUUCCUUUAGGGGGUAGUGGUUUAAUGGAAGAAAUGAGUGCCCUGCUGGCCAGGAGGAGAAGAAUUGCUGAAAAGGGAUCAACAAUAGAAACAGAACAAAAAGAGGACAAAGGUGAAGAUUCAGAGCCUGUAACUUCUAAGGCCUCUUCAACAAGUACACCUGAACCGACCAGAAAACCUUGGGAAAGAACAAAUACAAUGAAUGGCAGCAAGUCACCUGUUAUCUCCAGACGGGAUUCUCCAAGGAAAAAUCAGAUUGUUUUUGACAACAGGUCCUAUGAUUCAUUACACAGACCAAAAUCCACACCCUUAUCACAGCCCAGUGCCAAUGGAGUCCAGACGGAAGGACUUGACUAUGACAGGCUGAAGCAGGACAUUUUAGAUGAAAUGAGAAAAGAAUUAACAAAGCUAAAAGAAGAGCUCAUUGAUGCAAUCAGGCAGGAACUGAGCAAAUCAAAUACUGCAUAGAGGAACAGACUAAGGAGAGAUAGGACUUUAAUCUGGAGGAAAAAUAUCCUACAAACAACAACUGUUCACAACAGCAAACCCCUACAUUUUAUGAGCUGUAAGAAGAAAAUGGAGACAAACAGAAGGAGGGAAAAACCAACCUACUCUGAAAGCCUUCAGACAUUAUGACUCUGGUGAUAAGCUCUUUCCCUCUCCGUUUGCUGCUUUUUUCUGGCCUUUACAACAGAAUGGAAGAGAAUCAUUUAAGAGUUCCUGUAACAGUUAUGCAGAAAAUACUAAAACCCAUCAGACAAGAUCACCACGCAUUGAAAUAUUUUCAUAUCAAGAUAAAGUCGCACAUUUUCCACAAUACGUUGCUAAAAUAAAGAGGAGAAAGGCUUAGGAAGUUUUUUUGCAGAGAGUGCUGGUAAAGAAUUGAGCAAGUUUGCUAUUGUAUUGUAAUGUUUCUCUCAGGUUUGUUCUUCCUAUCAUGUUUGAUAUUCCAUGAAUAAUUGAGAUCAGCCCUAUGUAAGUUAAGAUCAUAAUAUGUGGAACAAAUGGAAUUGUAAGUGCUUUCAAAGGGUAAUAUUUAUAAGAAAGUGUCCGAAAAAUGUUUCUUCAGCUUGAGGAAUUUUAGAAUGAUAGGAAGUUUCUCGAGUUAGCCUUCAUGCAAUUUUGUAGAUUAAAACAUAAAAUUUGUCCAGAACUUAAAGAUUUAGAUGCCUUCCUAAAUUGUUACAAUGCUUUACCAAAUCUAUGACUUCUACAUAACACAAACCAGUGGUCAAAUGUAAACACUAUAUUGUAGAUUUACUGUAGGUUUUCAACCUUUUUUAGAUUUAUGCAUGUGGACAUUUUUAUAAUGUAAUUACAAUCACCACAAGGUUAGCUUUUUUAAUUGCAGACAGUAAUGCAUGUCACACUAAUAUGUAGUGGCCUUUUCAAGGCCUAGUCCCAGGGAAAACAUUUUGUAGAGUAUAGGGGAGUGGGAGGAAGGGGAGGAAUAAUUUUUUAUUUAAAGUUGAUUUCUGCACUAUCUUUUUCUCAGUUACCUGCAUGAAUAAAUAAUGAGGAAUAUUUUGUGACUUUAAUUGGUAAAUAUGUUACAAAACCAAGUACUUAAUCUUUUACAUCAUGUCUUCAGCUAUUUGUAUUUUAACCAGUAAUUUCAAUGGUCUGAAACAUGAUUCUGAGCUUCACAUAAUAUCUUAACUGUGGAACUCAAAAGUUUGAUCACUGAAUUUGGCAGUUAUUAUUACCUAGGUACCCCCGCUGUUACACAGGUGUUUAGAUACGUGUUCCUGAAUGAAGCUGCUUUUGAAUUUUGUUAUGUUGAAAUGCAAGAAAUAACAAUGAUGGCAGCAAUUAAGGUCACAGAAAUCAUUAGGUAAAGGAAAACCAAUGAGGAGUUCUGCAGUUUUCUUUUAAUAAGUAAAGUGAGACUUGGGUGGUGGGAAGAAGGAAUUAGACACUCUGCCUGCCACUCUGCGUGUGUGUGCUCUCGCGCACGUGCUGUCUAUAUGGAAGCCACUCCCUUUUCUUUCCUUUGAAACUGGUAAGGUUAAAAUAGGGGAGAAAUCCUACGUGUUGGAAUGAUAGCUUUUUGGAAAAUUUAAGAAACUCUCCAGGCUCUCCAUCUUGAUUUAUGCUUGAGUUGUUAUGUGCCAUAUUUGCUUUGAACUCUGAUUAUCAGAAGUUUUACUAAAACUUUGAAAUAAUUCACUUUCAUCUGCUUUCUAGAUUUUGUACAUCUCAGUCCAUAAAGCAAAGCUUGUUGAUAGUGUAGUUUUCUAAACGCUGCAAAUUUGCAGCCUUUACCACUACAAAGAAGUUUGGAUGAGGGAUUUUUUUUUUCUUUGUCAAAAUAGUUCCUGUUUCUGUAGAAAUUUCAUUUUUAGAUUAAACUGUGAUGGAUGAGCUAUCAUAAUUCAAGUAUACAUUUCUUUUUUCUAUCAGAUAUUCAUUGUCAUGCAGUAGUAGUAAAAACAUCAAAGAUGCAGCAAGCUUAUUAAGUAUUAUUUUCUAAAAGAAAUAGGAGGCAUUUUCAUCUUUAUUAUUGUACUUUUGGUUAUGCAAACACUUUGAUAAUAUAAACAGUUAUGUCCCCUAUAAAUCUGGUCAGCAACCUCUUUUGAUUUUGUUGGGUAAGUUAAAUAGUCUGUAGUAGGUAGAGUACUGGGUACAAGUGGUCCAAACUAAGAUAAGAGACUAAAAUAAAAUGCUAAAUCUUAAAAGAAACUGGGUUUAUGCACUAAACGUUUUGUGCCUUGGUCUAAUAUUAACAUGAUGUAUGUGUAAACUGACAAAAAAAAAAAAACAGUGUUGAAUCAUGCUAUAUUUUCCAUCAUCCCAGAUUGCUAAAUGUGUUCUUUCCAAGAAGUCUGAAUGAAUUAUUAUAUACAUUUGCUAUCAUACAUGACAGUUGUGUCAUUAUUAGAGAUUUCAGUAAUUAAAAUGGGAAACAGAAGCCUAAGUUAUUUACCUUAUCAAAACUACGUUCCUUGGAACCACAUUAUUAUGAUGGUUUUUGUGCUCUUGUACAUUGGAUGUCUUAAGCUGAGUACAGUUUAGGGGAUCCUUUCUAAUGACAGGAAGGCACUGCUUUCCUCAACACUGUGAUCUGACCUGUGACAAGUCUGUACUAUCCACUAUGUAAAUGGCUCACAAGUCAAUUGCAAACAAACUGAAUGUACAAAUCUUAGUGCUGGUGCUGAAAUCUCUUCAGAAUAGUCAUCAUGAUUUAAAAGUUUGUUUAAAAAUGUGCAAGCAUCAAGUGUCAAUCAAAACUGAAGAUGAAACACUAAUGAAUGUUGAAUUCUCAUGCUUUUAGGUGUACUUCCUUUUUAGAAUUUUCAGUUUUCUGCUAUUUUUACCGUAACUAUUUCAUUUAAAUUUGUUUCAUUUAAGUUUCCUACACACUAACUUCGUUUGUGCGAUUGAAAUAAAAUUGCAGUAUAUAUAUGUUGCUUGUUUGUGACACUUAGAUAAUCUUCUGAAAUAAUUUGUUUUAAAGUAAGUUAUAUUGGAUGUGAAAAACACCUUUUAAAGUCCAAGACUUUACUACUUAAAAGUUUACAUGUCACGUCACUAUUCUUUACAGAUUUCAUAGAAGUCGUGAAUACUAAGUAAUGUAUACAAAAGAAAUAUGUGAUGAUGUGUCUACUUUUUGUUUGAAAUAACUGUUGGGUGUUCCCUCUUCUUAUUUUCUCUCUGCCCACCUUGACACAGUAACUUCCUCUUAUAGUCAAGAUGAUGAUAAGUGUUUAAUUUUUAUUCCAUUUUGUUCUGCAACAUGUUCAGAUACUUAAAACUCAUUCAUGCAGUUAGAAUUAUCCUUUAUGUAGUUUGCAUGGUAAAGGACAUUGUGUGGUAAAGGGCCUUAUUGAGUAAUGAAUUUUAAGUAUAGCAAAAUGUGUAUAGUGUUUAUACAUGAUGCUGAUUUCUUAAAACCUACAUAUAAGCAGUAGUACUUUUUCUCUAUUAUAAAGUAUUAAUUUUGAGUUCCAUUUUAUAAUUCUGAUGUCUUCAUUAGAAAUACAAAAAUACAAUCCUUGUAUUUUUUUCUUUGACCAGACCCAAAUUUUCCCCCUUUCCCCCCCUCCAUUCUCCUCUCCACUUCUCGUGGACCGCGUGUUCCCAAUAUUCACUAACAUUUGCAGCCAUUACAGAGUUACAGUUGUAAAAUUUUUAGCUGUUUUUUUUUUUUCUGCUCUAGCCUGUCUCAUGUUCUUGCUUCUCUUCAUAUGUAAGUCAGUAUUUUUGUCUACAAAUUAAAAGUCACUUGUCAUUCAAAAAUGAGUUAAGUAACAUGACAGUCUUUUAAAUUUACCUAGCUACAACUUUUAUGUCUCUUGUAAAUUUAUAUAUACUUUCAGUGCCAUUGUGAAGAAUUGGCCUUUUAAUUCUAAGUAGUGUUACCCUAUGAAGCACAGUGUGCAAAGGUAUGCUACAGGGUCUCUUUAAUUCCUGUGUGGCCAUUAUAAUUUUAUAACACCAUUACCCUUUAAAUUCUACCGAUUAUAAGUAGCGUAAAAGUAACUAUAUAAAGCAAACAUCGCAAAGGAACUCUGCAGGAGCUCUUAAUUCCUUUACGUAGCUAUCAUAAAAUUCACUUUCCUGAAGACAUUUACUCUCAUUCACUUCCAAACUCCAAACCUUUUUCUGGUAGCACCACUUUUGUUUUUAAUAGAAAGAUGAGUUCAUAUCUGUACAUCUCUCCAAAGCUCUAAGGAAUGAGAAAAGGAUCCUAGUAUAUUGAAAUUACUGAUGUUUAAUACCUCUGCCUUUUCACUGAAAGCCAUUUAAUAUUUUUAAAGUCAAAACUUGACAUACAGGUAUUUAUAAGGAAUCUCCAUGACUCUGAAGGAAUGAAAUUGAUGUAGGUAGCUUUGGCUACGUAAAGACAUAGUAGAGGACAAUUACUUAAAGAAGAGUUUUCUUUUGAGGAUUUGUAGAUUUGACUAAGCAGCUGAAGUCAGUAACCCCUCAAGAAAGGCCGUUUAUAGAAGCCAAGAACUGUUGGAGGUCUGUGAUGCAGGUUUUUCUGUUCCCAACAUCAAAAGCUGUGGAUUAUUUGGUGUGUUCCCCUUUAAAGUUAUCUCUCGAUAAUUUUUGAGACAUCAAGAUUUUAUAAAAUAUCAAUACUGGAAAGAUGAAACCUUCAAAUUAAAACCUAAAAUUGAUUAGAAAGAAAAGUAAAAUAUUAAUGCAGUAAAUUUAGGAUGGUUACAGAUACUCACCAUCAACAUAAAUAAAUGGAGUUCUAGGAUAAAUUAUUUGUGGGAUACUAAUGGUCAAGUCACAUAAGAGUAAAAUCUUUUGGUGAGGAGACACAUUUGACAACUGCUAAAGAAUUAACUGUAAAUUUGUCUUUCUAAAUAGUUUUCUUUAUAAAGUAACAGAAGCAUUGUAAAAGGAUAAAUAAAUGACUGUCAUAAUGA